AUGGCACCAGCAAAAUCUACCACAACCGGCAAGCAGCCUCGACAAAACCCAGGACCAGCGUGCCAACAAUGUAGAAUACGCAAGUUACGCUGCGACCGGCAAACUCCAUGCCGUGGAUGCAUCGACUCUGGAGUUUCUUGCCAUACCGAUUUAACUCCACCACAACGAGGGCCUAAACGGGGUCAUCUAGGAGUCUUGAGAUCAAGAAUAGCUGCACUGGAGCAACGGAUGAGUGAACAAGACCCUCAUAUGGGAGUUUAUACUCCCGCUGCUUCAGAGUCUCAGUUCAACUUAGACGACAACAGCGUCGCAGACUCAGCAGCUCCUCCGCCUCCGCCGAGUACUACCAUGGGCCAGUCGCCCCCAGAAGAAGCCGGAGCAGUAGGGCUUUCCAUACCCACUCCAUCGCAGUUCCCAUCUUCUUGCGGUUUCGUAUCAGGGCAAGCUUAUAUAGGGCAAACGGGGCUGUCUCUACCACCGCCAUUGACACGUGCCGACCUGGACCAGCUAUUCUUUGACCGUACCAACGCCUUUAUACCCAUAAUACAACAAUACCGCUACUUCAUACGGUCCAAAUCCUCCUCUGCCACACAAUCACACACAUGUCUGCAGUACGCGAUGUGGACAAUGGCGGCAGCGCUGUCGUCGCAGUUCCACCAUCUGCGUGACCCGCUAUACCACGACACCAUCGAAAAGCUCGCGCACAGCCCUACCGAAGACGAUGUCUCACGGCUGGAACACGCGCAGGCGUGGAUCCUCAUCGCCGUGUACGAGCUCAUGCAAGCCCCCUUCCAACGGGCAUGGAUCAGCGCUGGGCGCGCCAUACGCCUGGUGCAGCUGAUGCGGCUCAACGAGACUGACAAAGUCACCGACCUAGAUGUAGACCCGGAGACUUUCGUCGAAAAGGAGGAGAGACGACGGACAUUCUGGAUGGCCUUCUGUCUUGACCGCUGCAGCUGCGUGCUGGAGGGACUGCCCCUGACUUUGAAUGAGCAAGAGAUCUCCACACGUCUGCCAUGCCCAGAAGACGCCUUCCAGCGCGGGACCCCCGUCGCAAUGCCCUUCCUCUCCGAAGUUCUCACAGAGACAGAACCGAACAUCAUGUCCUCCUUCGCUGAGUCAAUCAUCUUCACAACACUCUGGGGGCGCAGCUUCAUCCACCAGCGGCAGCUGGUCGCGGAGCCCGUGUUCUGCAACUCGUCGCGCGACUUCUACGAGCGCCAGAUCUGGCUCGACGACAUCCUCAACCGCCGCAUCCAGAAGCUGCAGCAGGACUACGUGGCCGCGUCUGUCAAGCUCGACUCCAUGCUGCUCUACACGAGCAUGAUCGCGCAGACGGCUGCGCUGCUGCUGUGUAAGGCGGCCGAUUCCAUACCGCCGAACACGCCGGGGAACCAUGAUCUCAUUACGAGGUACCAGCAGAGAGCGUCGAGCGCGGCGAAGGAGGUCGUCCGGCUGGCGCAGUAUCUCCCGUACUUCAGUUACUUCAAAGUCCACCCCUUCACGCCAAUCCCCCUAUUCCUAUGCCGGCAAUUUCUAUUCGUGCUGAAAGACAACGACUACGCGAUGACUGACGACUUAAACGUGCUCAGCGAAGCGCUGCAAGACCUGAAAGGCGUCAACGGGCUGUGCCAAGGCCGGCUGGAGAUCGAUUUCUCGGAGGUAGAGCUGCCGGACUUGGAGGAGGCGCCGGAUACGAUGAUGGACUUUUUUGGGAAGUAUAUAGUGGCGUGAGGAGACGUUAUAAAAAGUAGUAAUGUAAGGGCUGCCUAGGUAGUUUAGGUGUCUAGGUAAUGAAUCAUGGCGUGUUAAUGAAUUGUAUCUAUUUUCAAACCCUACACCUUUUUUGGCCAUUUGUGAGAUGUCAUGGACUCAUAUGUGUUCAAGGUUGGCUUAUCAGGUGGUGUGGCUCUUUUGU